ACAAAAAUUUUGGAUAAUUUUAGAAUAUGCCUUGCCGGAAAUCUCUUAAGUCUGAACAAGUCAUAUGCUUAUAUAUUGGAAAAUAAAGCAGUCUCUUUCACCAGAACCUAACCAUGGCUACAAAACUAGUUACAAGAUGUUCACUGCUUAUGCAGGUUUUGGUUUUCUUUCUGGCUGUUGUUCCUGAUGCAUUUGCUUUACCACUAAACAGGUUGAAAUCUCUGACUGUAAUCAAGGAGGUAAACCGCAGAGGGCCUUAUCUUGGUCUCAUCACAGUGUAUGAACCUGAAGAGAAUGCUUUUUUUGCUACUGGGGCUUUUAAGCCUCACAAGACUCACCCAUUUGUAGACUUAUCAGGUCGGCGAUUCCGGGUUGGAAAGAUACAUGGUGAGAAAGUCAUCUAUGUGAGAUGUGGGGUUGGAAUGGUAAAUGCUGCAGCAGCAACACAACAAAUGCUGGAUUUGUUUGACAUAAAGGGCAUAAUCCAUUUUGGCAUUGCCGGGAAUGCAAAUGAUUCUAUGUCCAUUGGAGAUGUUAUCAUUCCCAAACAAUUUGCUAACACUGGCAUUUGGGGCUGGGUGAACCUUAAUAGUACAACGAACCUUAGCGAUGUUGUUCACUUGGAUAUUGCAAGCUACAAUGUACCAAAAGGUGAAGGAACUAAUUUGUUGGGACAUAUUGGGUAUAGUGAUGAGGAAUUCUACUCUGAGUUGGGGAAGCCCAAUACUGCUCAGCCGCUGUUUUGGGCAGAAACAAGUAAGCAUUGGCUUCAUCUUGCUGCCAACUUGGAGGGGAUGGAAUUGGAACAGUGUGUGAAUUCAAGCUUGUGCCUCCCACACAAGCCCAAGCUAGUAGUUGGACUAAGGGGAUCAACAUCCAACAUUUUUGUGGAUAAUGCAGCUUAUAGGAAAUUUUUAGUUAGAAAUUUUCACGUGUCAUCCGUAGAUAUGGAGAGUGCAGCUGUAGUAAUGACAAGCUUGUCAAAUGGUUCUCCAGUGAUAGUAUUCAGAGGGUUAUCAGAUUUAGCCGGAGGACAAUCAGGAGGAAAUGCAAUUUUAAAAUUUGGACCUCUUGCAGCACUCAAUACUGCCAAAGCUGUUGUUCAAUUUAUCAAGACAUUACAAUGAUGUAAUUUUUAUUUGUUAUUGCUUUCGUAAACUCAUACCUUUGAUGAUGUUAGCCAGUGAUGUUCAUUUAAAGGCUAUCUAUGGACAUGUUAGCUUUUAUGCAUAAUGAAUAAAAUAUGUAAGUUCUUAACAAUGAAUUCAUUAGUCUCUAAAUAAAGGAAAGGGUAUAUUUAAGAUC